CAGAAACUAUUGAAUUCAUUAAUUGCCAAGUUGGUUUAAAUGUUCGUCACUUGGGCAGCUGCUAAUUGGUUCAGCUUCCGUUUGGUGCAGAAAAUGAAAGAUCUUAAUCGAGAACAAAACGACCGUCCAGACGUGACUCCCGCUUCUUGUGAGGAAAAUUCUAGUAAAGAUCUGGAUUUCCGGGAGAUUUUUGCACAAAAAUCCCAAUUUAGUCACUAUGAUAAGGAAUGCAAUAAGUGGACAGAACCCAUCAUAGGAGUUCUCAGAAUCCUGGAAGAUGUUGGUCAAUAUUGGGUCAAUAUAAAACAUUAUAAGAACGACACUAUCUGUGCUAAUCAUCUAAUUAAGUCUGGGAUGAAACUACUACCAAAAGAUUCCAAACAGCGAUCAUUCACUUACUGGACAAAGAUCAAGGAGACUGAUCUAAAAGAGGAAUGUUUGCAAGUCAAGUUUGAAAACAAAGAAAAAGCUUCACAAUUCGCUGAAAUAUUCAAUCAGUGUUGUAGGAAACUGAAUGAAAAUGUUACAAUUGAAACAUCAAAAGAGAAAUUUGUUGAAAGCCAUGAAGUGAAUUCUAAACAAAAAUUAUUGACGAAAACUAAGCCGGAUUUUGAAAGCAAUGUAGCUACUUUCAAAAUGGAAUUUAGAGAGGAUUUAAAUGCUAAAAAGUCUUUUUACAAAUGUAAAGACUCAGACGAAGAUGAUGAAACUGAGAUAAUUUCUGAAAAAAAAACUAUAAACUCGCAACAAGAUUUUCAAGCAAAUUUACCAAAAGUAAAAAGAAAUCAAAUCCGCACUAACAGUACUGAGUCACAUACAAAUAAAACCUAUAAAGAAAUAGACAAUAUCAAUCUGACAUCAGCAGUUUUAAGCACUAGUGAAAUGGCAGUUACCUGUAAAGUUUUUAAGACAGGUGAUGAAUUAGGGAAAUUAAAUGUUGGAGACCGAGUUAUUUUUCAUGCCACAGCUUCAUCUGUGACACUAAUUGAUAAUGUGGACAGUUCAGAGGAUGAACAAGAACCUAAUCAGGAUGAACCAGCCAGCUCUGCUACAAGUUCAUCGUUGAGUGAAAUGUUUAAGCCUAAAGCUGGGAGCUGGGAAUGUGAUGGUUGUCUGGUGAGAAACAACUCUGAUGUGGUCAAGUGUCCAGCUUGUGGAACUUUGAAGGCUGGCACCAAACCUGAGGAUGUGCCUAAACCUGCCGCGGGUGGAAUCUCUUUUGGUGCUUCUCUCUCUGCUGGACCUGCAGUUACCCAAGAUGCAAGACUGGGACAUUACAGUGAUCAUUUUGAAACUAAACAAUGGAACUGGAAGUGUGGUGAUUGUAUGCUGAAAGACAAUUUUGGCGUUAUGGAGUGCUUUAGUUGUGGAACCUUGAUGUCUACAAAAGAUGGAUUUAUUUUUACAACAAAUGAAACCAGUAUGCCAACAGUCCAUAUUGGACUUGGAUUUGGAGCAUCUAGUUCACAACUUUUAGAGCCUACAUCAGUUGAUAUGCCACUUAUAGUACCUGCUACUAAUGUAUUAACCGAUGUUGGACUCAAGUUUGAUGCUACUGUCACCUCCACUGCACCAACCCAUGGAAUUGGGUAUCCAAAUGAUUCCAGUAAUAAUCAGAAAACAGCCAACAGAAAAACUACGAGCGCAAAAGAGUUUUCUUUUGGUGAAAUUACUACAGAAUGUAAUGGUACUGCUGGGACAAAAUCAGCAACAAAGAAACAAUCAACCGAUCUUAAGUCAUCCAUUGACCCUCCACAGUCAUUAACAACCGCUAUGCCAUCAACAUUCACUGUAAAAUUAGCAUCAACUACAACAACAAACAAUGUACAAUCAACAACAACUGAGCAACCACUGAAAACUACACAAUCAACUACUGGACAUCCAACAUUUACUUUAACAUUAACAACCUCUGGACAACCAACAUUUACUUCUACAUCAACAACCUCUGCUUCUACAUCAACAACCUCUGGACGACCAACAUUUACUUCUACAUCAACAACCUCUGGACAAUCAACAUUUACUUCUACAUCAACAACCUCUGGACCAACAUUUACUUCUACAUCAACAACCUCUGGACAACCAACAUUUACUUCUACAUCAACA